AUGGCAUUCAACGCACAAAGAGGCGGCAGAGGUGGUUCCCGUGGUGGUAGAGGUGGCUCCCGUGGUGGAGCUGGUGGUUCUCGUGGUGGUUUCGGCGGUGGAAGAGGUGGCGCCAGAGGUGGUUUCGGUGGAGGCAGAGGUGGUGGAAGAGGUGGUGCUAGAGGCGGCGCUAGAGGUGGUGCUAGAGGCGGUGCCAGAGGUGGCAGAGGUGGCGCCAGAGGUGGUGCCAGAGGUGGUGCCAAGGUCGUCAUCGAGCCCCACAGACACGCCGGUGUCUUCAUUGCCAGAGGUAAGGAGGACUUGCUUGUCACCAGAAACAUCGCCCCAGGUGAGUCUGUCUACGGUGAGAAGAGAGUCACCAUUGACGAGCCAGCUAAGGAGGAGGGUGCUGCUCCUACCAAGAUUGAGUACCGUGUGUGGAACCCAUUCAGAUCCAAGUUGGCUGCCGGUAUCAUGGGUGGUAUCGAUGAGUUGGGUAUCGCUCCAGGUAAGAAGGUUUUGUACUUGGGUGCUGCUUCCGGUACCUCCGUUUCCCACGUUGCCGAUGUUGUUGGCCCUGAGGGAUUGGUUUACGCUGUUGAGUUCUCUCACAGACCAGGUAGAGAAUUGAUCUCCAUGGCCAAGAAGAGACCUAACGUCAUUCCUAUCAUUGACGAUGCUCGUCACCCUCAAAAGUACCGUAUGUUGAUCGGUAUGGUCGACGCUGUCUUUGCCGAUGUUGCCCAACCUGACCAGGCCCGUAUUAUCGCCUUGAACUCCCACUUGUUCUUGAAGGACCAAGGUACCGUUGUCAUCUCCAUCAAGGCCAACUGUAUUGACUCCACUGUCGAUGCUGAGACCGUUUUCGCCAGAGAGGUCCAGAAGUUGAGAGAGGAGCGUAUCAAGCCUUUGGAGCAAUUGACCUUGGAGCCUUAUGAGAGAGAUCACUGUAUCGUCGUUGGUCGUUACAUCAGAAGUGGCUUGAAGAAGUAA